UCCACGUCGAAUCAAUAUAAAAACCCGAAGUACCUGGACCUGUACCUAAAAUAUAAUGUAUUUCUACCGUACAUCAACAAUGAGAUCCGCACAGCAAAGAGCGACAGCUAUAAGCGAGGCUUCUCGAGGUGUAAAAAUAUUAUCACCAUCGGUGGCCCUCAUGACGGAGUCAUUUCCCCUUGGCAGUCCAGUCAUUUUGGCUUUGUUGACGCUUAUGGUAAUGUCAUUGAACUGAAAGAUACAGAAGCGUACAAAAAUGAUACUUAUGGACUCAAGACAAUGGAUGAGGAGGGCAGAUUGAUUAACCACGUUAGAAGCGGCAUCAAUCACACGUCGUGGGUCAAUGAUGAUGGCGUUAUUUAUGACUUUAUCUUACCGUAUUUAAAUUAAAUUCUAGGGAUUAGUCGAUAGUCAUUCCGUAAAGUUUCACUAUUUUUUUAUGUACAAUAUUUUUGCUCCUUUCGUUCACUUUAUUGCAGAUUUUUAGCUUUAUUACUGUUUGGUGGGUACGUUACUGAUACUUCUAUGGCAACAGAGGUCUGCAAAUUAAUUACUGAUUUUCGAAAGAUUAUACUGCCUAGGGCCUCAUGUUUUAUCUUCACUCAGAUCUAAACAAUGAUCAUGAAUUUGGAUUCAGUCUAGAAUACGUGGUCAGCUCCAAAACCUACGAUUGACAAUUCGAAAAAAUGAGGAAAAUUUGAAAGUGGAUUGGACCUCUUAAUAGUCUCAUUAGGACAGUCAGUCGAUAUGAGUCUGUCAAUAUGUCAUCGGGUUGUUUUGACUGUUUCCUGAUUCAAGAAAAAGGUGGUUUUAAAAUUUCCAAGGAAACACCCGGAUCCGUAAAUACGUUUUGUCUAUCAACAAAACUGCACAAGAAACAUUUUGGAAGAAAUUUGGAAGACGCGUAGCUCCUAUCAUGCAAAUAUCAAGCCUCCUGAAGCCAAGAAUUUGUCUCCUUAUCGUGGCAAUCGGUGCGGAACUCUGCUUUGGAAGACGUUUACCCAAACCAGUAUUGCUCAUCCAUGGUCUCACAGCAGGAGCAAAUAGCAUGGCGUACGUAGCAGCCAGGAUAAAGCAGCACAACCCCGAGACAACUAUAUACAUAACGGAUGCUUAUUCCUACGCCGCAAGCUUAGCUCCUCUUCAGCAACAGCUUGAUGGGGACAUAGGGAAGCAAUUUCGGCAUAUCUCCAAAACCCAUCCGGAGGGUUUCCACGUCAUUGGACAUUCACAAGGCGCGUUGCUCGCUCGAACGCUAAUCCAAAGCUAUAUCAACCACACCGUUCACAACUGUAUAUUCAUGGCAGGAAUUCUGGAUGGAGAGUACGGGACUCCAGCCUUCAUUAAACCGCUAUUGCCUCUCGGCGAAUUUCCACCAACGUUAGAAUUUAUAAGUACGUUGUUUUACACUCCGCCCGCGCAGAGCAGCUUGUCGGCGGCCAACUUUUGGCACGACCCCUUUCAACCAACGAAGUACUUAAAAGAGAACACGUUCCUUCCGUACUACAACAAUGAGAUUCUCACGGAGAAAAGUUACUCGUACAGACAGGCCAUAAUCAAACUGAAGAAAAUUGUGUGUAUUUUUGGGCCCGACGACGCAGUAGCCAUACCUUGGCAAACAGGCGAUUUUUCAUUUUAUGAUUAUUACGGAAGGAUGCGAAACUGCACCGAACGACCCAUUUAUGAUGCAAUUGGAUUACGAGUUCUUGACGAGCAAGGGAGGUUCAAAAGGUACAUUCAUCCAGGGGUCGAACAUGCUCAGUUUGUUUUCGACGACGAGGUCAUUAGUAGGUACGUCCUUCCUCAUUUGGAUUGAUAGCCGUGGAAAGUCCUGGACUCUUAAGUCCAGGACUUUCCGGAGUCGGACGAUAAUGGAGAUGUUGCAUGUGUGAGGGAUUUGCGAUUUGACCAUUGAUUCUUUUGUAAAAGUUCGCGAAAAACACGA